CCGGAGCCCCAGUGUCCGUAUUUAUAAAGAAGUGACUCCCCUCAAGCAACAGAGUGUUUGUGGCUGCUUGACGACAGAAGCCUGAAUUGUAAAAUAUGAGACUCUUGGUAGUGUUAACAUGCGUACUGGCAGGCUGCCUGGCCGAGAAGCCUCAACCAUGCUCGAGUCCUCCUCUUCUGAGCGGAGCCCUCACUAUGCUGGGGGGUUACGCCACGUACCUCUAUGAUGCACUGGAACAACGGAUACGGCUCAGUGAGAUGGGCACUUUUGACAAUAAGACAUUCACCUCUGACGUUCUUCUGCUCUUCAAAGAGGGUACCAUGUAUGAGAUUAACAAACAUGAUCGCACGUGCAAGAAAAGGCCUCUGAAGACAGACUUCCAGCCUCUGGAAGUCCCAAAGAAUGCAUCCCUGCUGGCCCAGGUUGUUUUGGGCACUUCGUCUGGACCUGGACAAGGACUCCUGGUCAACAGUUGGAUAGGAGAUCUUCCCAACAAUGCAGGAAAGUUUGUGACCACAGUCACUAAAUCUGGAUGUAUUCCUGUCAGCACUGUGUAUCACUCGGACCAGUUUGGAUGGGCGGUGAUAAGCUUCUUCAACAACAUCAUCGGGAUUUCGGACCCCAGUCUCCUCAACCCUCCAGACUUCUGCCCGAGUGCAGAGAUGAAGGUUGACAUUGAAGAGCCAGCAAACUUCCUCAGCGUGUUCAAUAACUACGUUAGAGCUGGAAGUGAGCGCCUUGAAGCAGCAGCACAUUUGCCUCUGUGCAGACUAAAGUGGAUACCGUCAGACAGCAUGAGAUCCCUCGUCCUGUUUGUGUGCCUGUCAGUGGGCUGCCUAGCUCAGAGACCACAUAUAUGCAGAUCCCCGCCGCUGCUGACUGGAAGGCUCUCUGUGUCCACCCAAAGUGAGAAGCUGACAGCCUAUGCCAAGUACAGCUAUGACGCACUGGGAAAGCGCAUCCGCCUCAGAGAGUUUGGAUCUUACAACAACAUGACCUUCCACUCUGAUGUACUUCUACUCUACAGACAGGGUGUUAUGUAUAAGAUAAACUACAGGGACCGCACAUGUUGCAAGAAGCCCCUGUGCACACGCUUCCACCCGCUGGAGAUCCCACGGAAUGCGUCCCUGCUAGGACAGGUUGUGUUGGGCAGCUCCUCUGGACCAGGACAGGGACUUCUGGUCAACACCUGGGUGGGAGAGAUGAAGCUGAGAAAUGGAACAGCAAAGUACAUGAGCACUGUCACUGAGUUUGGAUGUGUUCCAGUCAGCACUCUGUUUUAUACAGAAAAGAGUGGAUGGGUCGUGACAAGCUUCUUCAACAACGUCAUUGGUCUAGAGGACCCUCAGCAGCUCAACCCUCCAACCUUCUGUGAGGACGCCCUGCUGGAAGAAGACGAUGGAGAGGAUCCAGAAACCUUCUUCAGCUUGUUUUAAAAUAGACUAUUUUCAGAUAUGUGGUGCACUGUGAUGAUGACUACUAUGAACGAGUCUUUGCACUGUAUUAUUACUUUUUCAUGUCUUUGGUGUAGUGGAAUUUGUGAACAAGCUGUCUGUGGGUUAAAAUGAUGUGAAACUUCAAUGUCCUGGAAUAACACUUUUUGUUGCGACAGCUCAGGAGAUUGGGGGAGAUUGUGACCAUAUUUCACAGUUGGUUGAAUAGAUGACACUUUUGACUCAAAGGUCAAAGGUCAUUGUGACCUCAAAAUAGAUUUUUAGCAAUACUUUAAGAAUGAAUUGGGUGAUUUCAGAUUUCAUACAAAUUGACAAUGAGUAAACAAAAACUACCACAGUACGGGCUUUCCUCCAUCUCGUCAAUUCCGCCUUUCACUUCCUCCAUCGUUCUGAAUUUAGAGCAUCAUCUGAAUCAUGUGACUACAAAACUGUCUUAAAGCACGCCUAGCUAAUCGUGAUCCUGUGAGUGAGUGAGUGAGUUUCACCUACACCUCAUAGAGAAGCUUUGCAUUGAAAAACACCAGGGGAAAACAAAAGUACCCCAAGUGUGUAGCUCUGCUCCAUCUUAUGGUUACACAUUAAGUACCUGUUUAGCCAAUAUAUCUUUGAUAAUCCUUCAUUAAUCAAAUUAACAAUGUAUAUUCACUGGAAUCAUACAUAACGUAUCAUCAAUAUUGUGAUAACUUCCAUUUAGUCAAAAAAUAAAACCAUGGGGUGGUGAUUCUAGUUCCUAGAUGCUGUAAACAGGACAAUCUGGAGACUGGCAGUCAUGAAAUGCAAUCAGGCUUCCAAAGAAUUUGACAAUUAAUUUGUUUGUUUCGUUGACAUAUAUUGCUGCUUAAUGUUGUUUGCUCAAUAUGUUCUUUGUAAAUUCAUCUAUUUUUAAUAAUCACAUUUAAAACUAUCAAUUAUACACAGCUAAGAACAAUC